AUGAUUUACAGCAGCCAGCAGUCGCUCGACAUACCCAACGUCGACUUGUUGACCUUCAUCUUUGACCACAGCUUCUCCCGCUCCAACGAGGACACGCUCCUCCACGCCGAAGCCCGCUCGCCCCAGAACGGCCUGACCAAGGCGCGCACCCGCAUCCUCACCAAGCAGCUCGCCCACUUCCUGCGCCACCAGUACGGCAUCGGCGUCGACGGCCGCCGCGAUGACGUCGUCAUGGUCGUGUCCUCGGGGCAGUCGGCGCUGCCGUGUCUCUUUUACGGCGUCAUCGCCGCCGGUGGCGUGUACUCGGCCGGCUCGCCCAUGAACACGCCCUCGGACCUGGCGCGCCAGCUGCGCGAUGGCCCCGGCAGAGUCAUUGUGUGCAGUCCGGACGCCGUCGACGGCGCGGUGCGGGCGGCGGCGGAGGCGGGGCUGAGCAAGCGCCAUGUGCUGGUGCUCGAGUCGCAUCCGGACAUCAAGCUGUACAGCGCGGACGGCGCGGUGGCGUGCGACUUUGCAGGGAGUCUGGACUGGCAGGUCGUGACGGACCCAGAGGAGCUGGCGCGCCGCACGAUUUGCAUCUUGUACUCGUCGGGGACUACAGGGCUGCCGAAAGGCGUGCUCGUGUCGCACCACAACAUGGUCUCGGAAAUCUUCCUCACCAGCUCCGUCGACAGGGCGUACUGGGACCGGCAGCCGGCAUGGCCGUCCCCGAAGCGCACGCUCGCGCACCUGCCCGCCGCGCACAUUGCCGGCGUCGUCAACUACUUUGCCGCGCAGGCCGUCGCCGGCGCCACCACGUACUGGAUGCCCAAGUUUGACUUUGCCGCCUUUGUCGAGCACGUGCAGCAGCUGCGCGUCAACACCUUCUUCACCGUGCCGCCCAUCUACCUGGCCCUGGCCAAGCACCCGGCCGUCAAGGAGCAGUUCUUCCACGUGAAGCAGGCGACGGUCGGCGCGGCCCCGGUGAGCGCCGAGCUGCGCACCGAGGCCAACAGGAAGAUGCCCGGCCUCGUCAUCGGCCAGGUCUGGGGCAUGAGCGAGACGACGGGGGCGGCGACGUAUACAGAGGUCAACUCGGAGGAGCAGGCGGGGAGCCUGGGCGUGCUGUUGCCAAAUCUUUCCGUCCGAUUGGUGGAUGAUGAUGAGAAUGACGUGGCCCCAGGCGAGCCAGGCGAGAUUCUUAUCAAAGGACCGGUCGUCACCCGAGGCUACCACAACAAUCCCGAAGCCAACGAAAAGGCCUUUACAAAAGACGGCUGGAUGCGCACCGGCGACGUCAUGCGCAUUGACUCGAACAAUCUCUACCACAUUGUUGACCGCAAAAAGGAACUCAUCAAGUACAAGGGCCUGCAGGUCGCCCCCGCCGAGCUUGAAGGUAUCCUCGAAGCGCACCCCGCCGUCGGCGACGCCGGCGUCAUCGGCGUGCCGUACAGGGACACCGAGGCGCCCCGCGCUUUUGUCGUGCUGACACCGGCGGCUAGAGCCGCCGGCGACGUCUCGGCCGAGGACCUGCUGGGUUACGUGCACGGCAAGGUGGCCGACUACAAGAAGCUGCGCGGCGGGCUGGUGUUUGUGGAGGCGGUGCCGCGGAGCCCCAGCGGCAAGAUCCUACGGAAGCAGCUGAGGGAGUCGGAGAAGCGGACGUCCAAGAUUUAG